UUUUAAAGCCACUCCUAUUUGUUCCGUAUAUUCACACAAGCUCUUUCACUCUUCUCUCUCUCUUUUUAAAGUUCCUCCAAAAUGUCUUACGACCUGAUCACUAGUCAGCCUAUUGUCAUUGACAAUGGCUCUGGUGUCAUUAAAGCUGGUUUUGCAGGUGAUGAAGACCCUAGAGUCCGCCUCUCCAGCUAUGUGGGGCGUCCAAAACAUGUUAAAGUAAUGGCGGGAGGUUUGGAGGGAUCCACUUUCAUUGGUCCGACUGCAGAAGAGCAUAGAGGUCUUUUGAAUAUUCGUUACCCGAUUGAGCAUGGUAUUGUCACUGAUUGGAAUGACAUGGAGCAAAUAUGGACUUACAUGUAUUCAAAGGAUCAGCUAAAUGCUGCUUCUGAAGAUCACCCAGUACUGCUAACUGAAGCUCCACUCAACCCAAGGAAGAACAGAUACAGAUCGGCUGAGGUGUUUUUUGAAACAUUCAAUGUACCUGCUCUAUACGUCUCAAUACAAGCAGUACUGAGCCUGUAUGCAACAGGACGUACAACAGGUGUGGUUCUUGAUUCGGGCGAUGGUGUCACUCACGCUGUACCAAUAUGCGAAGGAUUUGCUCUGCCACACUCCAUAAUGAGAUCUGAUAUUGCUGGAAGGGAUGUCACUCGUCACUUACAGCUGCUAAUGAGGAGGGAAGGACACAUUUUUAAGACAACAGCUGAAUUUGAAGUUGUCCGAACUAUGAAAGAAGAUAUAUGUCAAGUCUCUUUGCAACCUGUCAAAGAUGAAUCGACUGAUUCACAACCUGUGGAGUAUACACUGCCUGAUGGCUCUACUAUACAGAUUGGGCGGGCUCGUUUUAGAGCGCCCGAGGUUUUAUUCCAGCCGCAUCUCAUCGGGGAAGAAACAGAGGGCAUCCAUGAGGUACUUGGGUAUUCUAUCAGGAAAUGUGACGUCGAUCUUAGGAAAACAUUUUAUUCAAGUAUUGUACUAUCCGGAGGAUCAACUCUAUUUAAAGGUUUUGGCGACAGACUUCUUUCAGAGAUGAAGAAAAUAACGCCAAACUCACUCAAAAUUAGGAUAUCUGCUCCUCAAGACAGAAUAUAUUCAACAUGGAUGGGUGGAUCCAUCUUAGCAGCACUAGAUACUUUCAAGAAGAUAUGGAUAUCCAAGAAGGAGUAUGACGAGAAUGGGUCUAGAGUCAUUGAUCAGAAAACAUUUUAACUUGAAGAGAAUUGUGUUCAUAUUUCUUAUUAUCUCCUUCUCCUUGUCUUUCAUAAAACUGAUAAAUUAAUGCUUUCAACUUUUCUGUGUAGCCAAUUAUUAUUAUCAUUAUUAUUAUUAUCAUUAAUUAA